UACACCACAGAGGGCAGCUGGUCUGGUUGAGUCUAUUCUCUCUAUAACUUUCCCGUUCUUCGCAGUGCACACCACUGAACAGCUCAAGCCUUAGAGCAAUGAACCAUUUGUUCGGAUGGAGAAGGAUUGCCACACUGAUGUUCAUGCUGCUAUAUUUUGUCAUUGAUGUGCUCUGUGCUCAGCACGUAAAAGGCGUCGUGGGACAGUCUUUCUCUUUUCCAGAGAGGGUGAUCAAGUCUGGCAAUUUACUUUAUGGAGACCUUGGCACUAUUGCAAAUGUAUUCCCUGGUAAAGAAGGCAAAAUUACCCUUGAGAAGAGAUUUGAAAACCGCCUCCACUUGAACAAUGUUACAAGAUACUUCACCCUGUCAGACCUUCAGACAGACGAUGCUGGGGUUUAUACUGUGGAGAAUACAGAUGGAGGGAAGAAAAAAAAAAAAUUUGAGCUCACUGUAUACAAUGUUGUUUCCAAACCUCAGGUGACGGAGUGUGACAGCAGCUCCUGUAGUGUGGUGUGUUCUGUCGACAACGAAAAAGAGGUGACAUUGACCUUGUACAGGGGAGAGGAAAUACUAAGCCAGACCAGCAGUCCUAACCUCACCACCGAUCUAUCUCUCCGUUUGGAGGUAGAGGGAAAGAACUACAACUCCACCUACAGCUGUGUGGCUGCUAACCCUAUCAGCAAUGAGACAGUUCAUGUCCCAAAAUGUUGCAGCGAAGAUGGUCAUCCUAAUGAUGCAGACAGUGAUGAGAGGAAUCGGGGUAUGCUUAUUAUUGCUGUAAUCUGUGUUUUGGUUAUCUCGGGGCUGGUUGGACUUGCAAUCUAUCUAAAGAAGAGUAGAAAUGGACACUCACAAGAUUCAUCUGAAAGAGUGAAAGAUGAUAUUCAGUAUGCAACGAUAACUCCUCAAAAACAAACAGAUAAUCAGGAGGAGCGAACAAGUAUACAAGAACUGGAGUCGCAAAGAGACAACCCUGAACUGACAUCAGUUUAUUAUACAAUCCUGUUACAUCGCAUGGCUGCCUGCGGGGAUGUUGACACAGCAUGAAGGAACAAAACGGGAAGUCAAUGAGCGGCCGACAUGAUAAGUCACAUCCUGGAGAGGACGGUACAUCAUAAAGAGGACGUUGAAACAAAAUGAAAGUAAAAAAUAUAUUCACCCUGAAAACCUUUUAGAGGCACAGUUGUUAUGGGAGAAAAACAGUUGUACUGAUAUUAAAAUGUCAGGCUUUCUUUGUAGGUCAUUCUCACAGACCUUCUGUCAAAUAGCUGUCUCGAUGACAUCCACUGAUACGGACCAAUUCAAUAUCUAUGCAUUGAGUUAGUAGCAGGAUCAGGAUAAUCCUUUUUUCCUUUCACCGUGUAUGUUGUAUUGAAACACGUCUGAGGGUAGAUCUUGAUUUGCCGUUUGAUCUUGAGUGACAUUUUCCUAUUCUUAGCGCUUUUCGCAAAAUGUAGGGCUAAAUUGUAGCUCUUAUUUAGCUUGUUUCGUUUAAUAUGAUGGACCAUUUAUUGGUUGUCCCUAUCUAUGUAGCACAUCCUCCCUUAAGAAUACAAUCACUCCCUCCUGCAGACUCAUGCAGACACUGUAUACUCUCCUUCUAUCAGAGCAUGUGCCUGCACAGAUUACUGUGACCCGAAAAUAACAAAUCUGUCGAUACCAUAGUAAGUCGUUGCACUGUAAGCUAUUUCAUUUUUAUACUACUCUAUUUCAGAGUAGUUACUGAGACUGAAUAUGAAGAUAUAAUUCACUUUUCACUAUUUUAAAAUAACCUCAUGACUUAUUCAAACUGAGCUUCAAUAUAUUAAGUCAAAGACUUACCCAUACAUUUCAUUUAAAGGUAUACAAUGUGUAUAUUUCCUGAUGUUUAAUAGUCAUCAAUACCCAUGGAUGCUUGAAAUAUAUAAUUUUUUUGACAUACCCUAUUGCAACCCAAAAUAUUAUGAUAGACCACUCCAUUCUCCAUUUAUGUUUUUGUUGUCAUUUUAAAUCUUUGUAAACAAAGUAUGUAUUGCUUCAGAAUACCGGUGUAAACUGUCAUUCUUUGAAGCCAUAGCUGCAUCUAUGAGUUUGAGAGUGGAAACAUUUCUCCAAAUACAUUUCUCCAGAACCACAAAUCCAAAUUGUGGUUUUAAUGUAGCCUACUUCUAGGGUCAAAUCGGAGGGACCACUGUAAUUGUUUAGUGGAUUUCAAGUGUGUAUUUAUUGAGUUUAAGUGUAUUUGUGACCUUUUGUCCUGUCAUUUUGCAUGCCAGGCAGCUGUACAUUUCAAAUUGGAAAACAAUAAUGACUGUAAACAGUGAAUUCUUAACUUUUUAUUUCAAAACCCAAUACAAUUUUAUUCCAAUCUCGUUGCCCCAUUUAGUGGUUGAAUGUUUUUAUAUUUCAGCAUACUGUAUACACAAUGUUUUACUCUGAGCCAGUGUACUGUAUGUUGUAAGUGUAACUUAAGUUAUGUGCCACCAAAAUGUUUCAAAUAUUUCUCUGCUUUUCGUUUGGACUGUGGUCAUUAUUUUGCCAAUUGAAUAUUGAUAAGGAGGUUGUGGAUUAUGCCAUAUCAAUGUUGUUUUUAAUGUUUACAUAACAUUUUGUCUCAAAACA